CUCCGAGCCAAUCAGCGGCCACGCGUCAGCGAGCGCGCGUCAAACAUGGCUGCGGUGGAGUCCGGAGACAGCGAGCAGCUCGAGGAGAGAGCGUCGGAGCGCGGAGGCGUCGAGGAUGAGCAGCGUCUGCGGGAGACAUUAGAAGCGUGCGGAGAAACAGCCGCGCGUCUGAAGGCGGAGAAUGAGGAGCUGAAGAGAAGGUUGAACACAUUAAGUCGUCCUGCGAGGAUGAAGAUACAAGAUCCCCAGAUCGAUGGGCCACUCUGUCAAAUUAAUUAUGGAAACAACAUCAUCUCCAGGCAGUGUCGGAAAGAGAUGGAGGACUUCAUCUGCUGUCUUGUCCAGAAGAGGCUAGAAGAGUGUAGAAGUGACCCGGAAGGCUCUGCUCUUCAUGUCAAGCCGCAGCAUUCAGGUUUCGUUAUGGAGGAGAGCUACAAAGUGAAGACCUCCAGUGACUCCACCCACGUGAAGAAUGCCUUCAGUGUGAUAGGGAGUGUUCUGUACUUCACCAGCUUCUGUGUUGAUAAACUCGGCCAGCCGCUGCUGAAUGAAAGCCCACAGCUGACCGACGGAUGGGAGGUCCCCAAAUAUCAGCAGAUCUUUGACCAGAUCGUCGCCCUCGAGGGCCAAGAGGUGCAGAGAAAGGUGAAAAGGCCGAGGCCGUGCUGUUUUAACUGCUGCUCUGAGGACCACCAGCUGCGAGACUGUCCAGAGCCCAAAGAUAUGACUCGUAUCAGUGAAAAGAGGAAGGAGUUUUCGCAGAACACCAGUCAGAGCAGCCAGCGCUACCACGCAGAAGAGGUGGAGGAGCGCUUUGCACAGUACAAGCCAGGAGUAUUGAGUCAAGAGCUCCUCGGUGCUCUGGGGAUCACUACGAACACUCUUCCUCCGUUCAUCUAUCGCAUGAGGGAGCUGGGUUACCCGCCGGGCUGGCUGAAAGAAGCCGAGACGGAGAACUCCGGCCUGACGCUGUACGAUGGAUCGAACGAUGGAGAUGAAAGUAACCACAGCCAAAAGAUCUCUUACGAUGUCUCAAAGCUGGUUGACUUCCCUGGCUUCAACUGUUCUGCAGCACCCAGCGUGAGAGAUGACUACAGGUCUUUCGGCUCUAUUCCAAUGCAGCCUCAGCAGUGGAAGCAAAAUUUCGCUGCUUUUUUAAGCAGUAACUUUCCAACGGGCUCCAGCUGCAGUAAGAGGCGUCAUGAGUCUGGAUCCACGGCCCAGGAGACAAAGAAACGCAGAUCAGAUCCGGACCCCCACGAGUCUGAUAUGGAGACAGAGUCAGAACAUGUCAUGUCUCGGGUUAGAUCCGAUGGUUUCCAGUUCCACCCUCCGCUCCCUCCCGGCUCCGCCUCCUCAUCUGCGGCUCCUCCUCUCCCGCCGGGAACACCUCCGUCCACACCACCCGUCCCCAAGGGCACUCCACCGCCGACUCCUCCCACACACGGUUCCCCGUCCACUCACGCGCGAGGCUUGCCCGAGGGGGAGGAGUCUGAGGACGGGCUGAGUCUGGAGGAGCUGGAGCAGCAGCAGAGGCUUCUUUGGGCAGCCCUGGAGAAGACAGACACCACGACCAGCAGCGACUCUGAGACCCCCGUCCCAAGCUCCCCCAGUGUGGUCACGUCCCUGAGACUCGACUCGGAGGAGGACGCGGAAAAGACAGAGGACUCGAGCCAUGCGUGUGAAGUCGAGAGCACGCCUUCUUCACCUAACGUUUGUGAGGAGGAGAGGAUGGAUGAACGGGAAAAACACGCCAUCGACGUGCAAGCAGAGAUGAGUGACAUCACCGUCCUGGAUGAAGUUCACCAGGAAGACAGUAAUCAUGAAGCAACAAAUGGAGCUCCGGACUCUCCUCAGAUAAACACGCGAGAGGAGGAGCCCGCCAUCAAUAAAGUCACGCUCGUCCCACACCGGAGCAGGUUCGCUGCGGGAAUUAUUCCGUUUGAGGACACGCCUGAGUUUACGGAGGUGGCUGAAGCUACGGGGGUCUACCUCAAGAUUCGAGAUUUACUGAAAAGCUCGCCGAGAAGUCAGGCCCGGAACAAGAAAUAAUGUGUUUUUACUGUUUUCUCUAAUCACCAUCCUGUUGUAUGUCGUUUUACUUUGGUGCUUUGUAUCUUUUUUUACUUCUAUCCUGUGAUUUUUAAAAACACAAAAAGCUUUCAUUUGGUUUGUACCUGAUUAUUAACUGACUGUGGAUACUUGUGUGAUUAUUAUUAUUCAGUUUUCUGUAAUUACAGUCGUUAUUGUGAAUAUAUUUCAGAAUACGUUUCUUAAGAAUUCUCACUGAAUUAAAAGUUUUAACUUCAACUUAAAA